AGAAAGCGAGCCUUCUCGUCGAUGUUGCGUGAAAUAUGUACGGUCGUGUGAUCGACCGGAAGAUCGCCGGAUUUACGGCGGCUAUAGCGCGGCUCAUUUUGACCUUAGCUCAUGAACGUACCCCUUUUCCCGCGGCCACCAACCGCCGGGGGUGUCACGACGCUCUUCAGUGACUUGCCGGGCGUCGCGACGCUACCACGCGUUCCGACGUCCGUGCCACUCGUACGCGAACGGUAUGCCGCAUCCCGGCGGUCUUCCUGCGGCAUCAAGAAACGCCGUUGUAGGAAUUUGGUUCAUCCGCGAGUCGAAGAUGCUGUUCUCGUCAAGGUUGCCGCACAUCGUCGCAUCACCGAGUUUCGCAUAAGGAUGUCGAAGCGGCGCGCGAACGACAAGGGGAAUGACGACCACGACGACGACGACGACGACGAUGUCGUUUGCGGCAUCGAUAUUACGGACACGCCGAUUACGAUAUCUUCGAGGAUUUCGCCUCGUUUAAAAAAUGGCAUAAUACGAACGAAAUGGACAAAGUCCGUAACUGUACAGACCAUAGAAGGAUUACCCCUGCGAUUGAGGAUCCUACCGUCUCUCAGGGACAUCGAGGAAAAUAACGGAAGCUCCUCGGGAAAGGUCUCGAGAGUUCGGAGGUAUCUGAGAUUCUUGGGACGUUUGUCGCUGUCGCAGUUCGGCCUUCUGUGGCUGCUUGUAAUGUGGACGGUGGCGGGUGCAGCGGCGUUUUGCGCGACCGAAGGACCUCGCGAGCGCGAGCAAGUCGUGUCACUGAAGAGCAUGCAGAAGGAUUUAGCGGUCGGCUUGGCGACGGAAUUGCGGCAAUUGCGGACGGAACGAGAUCAGAAUGUGGAGCCGUUGUGGAGCGACAAGGUCCGCCAGUACGUCGCCAAACACGAGGAGCUCCUCUUGAUCGCGGUCAGUUCCGGCUACGGCGAGGGUGGUAAUAGUGGACAACUGUGGACAUUUCCCGGCUGUGUGCUGUUCGCCAUAUCGCUAAUCACCACUUUAGGUUUUGGAGCACCGGUUCCGCGAACUACCGCCGGUCGCACGGUAGGGGUGAUUUUUGCCGCCAUCGGCAUUCCCGCGCAUUUCCUUCUUAUACUGAAUUUCGGCCUUAUGGUGGCUUUUCGUCUGCAAAAGUACGCGCUAGCCAGACGAGGCGUACAACUUGUAGACAACAAUGUAGAAUCCAGUUAUUUCGGACGAAUGCCGAAAUGGAUAAAAAUCAUGUCGUUCGUUUGUUCAGUCGCUUACUACAUUUUGGGAGUAUUGUGCUUCGGCAUUGCACGAUCGAGACCAAUCGCAGCGAGCGUGCUGUUUCCGUUGGACUUCACCGCAGCAGGCGGUCUCUCCACCAUCGUCGGUCAUGUGCGGAUAUUAUAUGGCUUGUACUUGGAAGGCGCUGUUACUAUCGCAGCGAUAGUGGUGGCUAUAUUAAGAGUAUCUGCGACGCAGAGUCUUACAAAUAUCGGACUGAAGUACGGCCUGUUAACGGAGGCUUAACUUAUUUCAUGUUUUUCAGCCCCUUGUAUAUACGCAAUACACUAAUAUUAUCAUGUGAUGUUUAUCAUCAUGUUAUUUUCUCUGUAUAUUUAAUCAUGGUUGAUAGAUAACAUACUCCCGACUUUUGGACUGUUGAUAAUGACACAAUUACGAAAGAAUAACUAUAAAUCAUACAUGUAUAUAUUUCGUGGAUCAGAUCUUUUUUAUUUCGCAAGAUUAAACAUACGUAAAUCACACAGUCUCAAACCAGAUACUUUAUCUCUAGUCUUUUUUUUUUUUUUUUGUACGGUUCAUAUCUAAAAUUUUGUUUGUAAAUAAAAAAGAGGAAGAUAGGAAAAAUUGCUUAAAAGAAAUGUAUACAUUUCUAUGUAUACGCAAGAGGAUAUGUGCGGCGCAGAAUUUAUUUUACAAAUGUAUAUCAAUUUAUUCAAGGAUAGACUAACAACUAUAUAUUUAUCUUCAUGUACACUUUAUUUAAGUAAGAUGUAAUAAAGACAAAUUUAUACGCUA